AGAGGGCGCUAGCAAGGCCGCACCACAGUUACAAACGUCAUUAAACUCGCGUUCGCAUCAAUCUAUUUUUAGCACAAACAAAAAUAAAUUACCCGGCAGAUAACAACAAUACCACGGUUAUUAGUAUUGCGACAACAAACGAGAACUGCGGUCUAUUAACCGCAAGUUUACGACGCGAUUACACACAACGGUGUGCGCGCACCACACAGAUCUAAUCGAUAUUUUUCCACGAAUAGGUUAUAAACACAAAGGACUAUAAAUAAUUGUUAAUUAAAGACGGUUAAAAAAUGAUACCACCUUUAGCUCCUGAACAAAUCAACGAGCAACAAAACAUGGUCGGCUGGAAAAAUACCUUUAAUAUGCGUCAAGCAAACCUUAUGAGCCUGGCAGCUUCUCAACUUGGAUCAAAAAACGGUUUAAGAAAUGACCUAAAGAGUUACAUGAAAAAUGAUGGAAUGGCAGGGCCUGCAAAGAGCUUAGAUAUCUUAAGAAGAAAUCUACAAAGUGCCAUAAACAAAGAUAUUGAUAAUAUUAUUAAAAAAUAUUUAGAUAAAUUUUUUCAACCUGCAGUUAAAAAUAUUCGCGCCAAUUUAGGCAAAGAUAGUGUAUCAGAAGAUCACAUCAAAGUAGUCUGUAGGCAAAUGCUUGAAGAUGCCAAAAUAAUGUACAGAUCCUACUCAAUCAGUAGGGAUAGCUCACCAUUUGAAGGUAGUGAUUCUGAAGUCUCUUUUGACAACAGAUUUGGUUUAUCAAAGAAUUCAAGAAAACGUAAAGAAUCCGACACAGACUCCGAAACCGGUGCGAAUUACAAACGUCAAAGAUUUCGCAACACUUAUUUAUCAGAACAUCACACUUUGAAGCAGAUAAAACGCGAAGGCCCAAAAUGGGGCUCCGAUAGAAUCACUCCUAACACGUUAUUCAUUAUGGGAUCACGCGCUAAUAAAGCUUUGGGCUAUGGUCAAACGCGCGGACGGCUUUAUGUCAGACAUCCGGAGUUGUUGCGCUAUUCCGGUGAUCAAGAAGACAAAGACUGGCUCACAUCAAGGGGUCUCAUGUCUCCCAGUGGCGGCAAAGCAUACAUUAUGAUUCUCGACGAUAUCAAAGAGUUAUCACAACUUGACGAGUACAAAAACAAUUCGAAUCAACAACCGCAUGAGUUGGUCGGGUUUGAAGCGCCUGGAUUUCUUGUCAAUAAAAUUAAGAAUUACAUGGAUCAAGCGCGUACUGAUCGCAGGAACACUUCCUUUGAUAUGUUUGACUUUCACAGUCCGUCGAUGACUCCACCGAUUGAUUCCGCGCCUAGUACGCCAUCCGAUACUAUGCAGUUGAUGGAGUCGCAGUCGUUGAGCACGAGCAGUUCGAAGCAUUCGAUGGACGGUGGGCAAUUCCUGCACAAUCCAGAGAUUAGUCCCGGAUCGAAUAAUUCCAUGCUGGCGCCGAGUCCCCUGCCGGCGAAUAGUAGCCUACUGUCUCCGAAUAUGCUGUUGAAUAUUAAUUCUGAUAACAACGGUGCAAUUCUCGUGUUGCCGGAAUCAACGCAUAAUGGCACUUCACUAUCGUCACUCUUGGCUAGUGCUAGUGAUAAUAGUGAAGAUUUUUAGUCAAUUUAAUUGUCAUUUUGAUGAUGAUCAAUCUUUGUGUGUGAUGUUUAAUUUAUUUUUCUUGCUGUGAUUUUUAAUUUUACCUAAAAAUGUAAAAUGUAAACAUUUGAUCUAAAUAAUGAGCUUAUGCGGCUAUUUUGCAUUACAUAUAGCAUUUUGGGAUCAAAAAGAAAUAGUUUUAGUGUAAAAAAUACUAAAAAUGUCUAAAAUUAGGCUGUUUUGUUGAAAUUAAUAUGCGUCGAUAGAUAAAAGCCAAAAAUUACAUAUUAAUACAUAAAAUAUUUAAUAAUGAGA